GGGACGGAGCCGGUGGGAGGCGACGCGCGGAGCCGCCCGGGCGCGGCGGCGGCUGGAGACCGGUCUGCGGGGAGAACGGAUCGGCCAGCGGAGGGACCGUGAUCGCCCCUUCCCUAGGUGCAUCCGGCUCCGGGAGACCGAUUCCGGUGUGGCACCGAGAGCUGGAUUGCAUCCCCUCCCCAGCGCCAGCAGGGAAAGGGUUAAGCGGACGCUCGGCACCCCAGCUCCGAGCAGGGCCCUCCCCCGCCCCCCCCCCCCGGGAGCUCGAAACUCUUUGAAAGUGCGAGGGGCGAGCGAAGGCGAGGGGGGACGCGGCGUCCCCGAGUGGGCUGCGGGGCUAUGGGGGCCGGGACAGGCUGCGGGCGGGGGCAGCUCUUCCUCCGCUCCCUCCUCAUCCUCCUCCUGGCCGGGCCCCCGGCGUGGCGCCCGGCGGGCGGGCAGCUACGCUACACCGUGCCGGAGGAGCUGGAGCACGGAGCCUUCGUGGCCAACCUGGGUGAGGACCUGGGGCUGGACGUGUCCACGCUGUCGGCGCGGCGGUUCCGCAUCGUGUCACGGGCUGGGGCCAGGCAGCACCUGGAGGUGAACCUGGAGAACGGGAUCCUCUUCGUCAACGAGCGGAUUGACCGGGAGGAGGUGUGUGAGGCCGGGGGGACCUGCCUGCUCCACCUGCAGCUCCUCGUCGAGAGCCCGCUGGAGCUCUACCGUGUCGAGGUGGAGGUGCUGGACAUCAACGACCACACGCCCACCUUCCCCUGGCAAGAGUAUGUGCUGGAGGUGUCCGAGUCCGCCGUCCUCGGUGCCCGCUUCCCACUGGAGAGUGCCCAGGAUCCUGACGUGGGGACCAACUCAGUGCACACCUACCGCCUCAGCCCCAAUGGUUUCUUUUCACUCGAAGUGCAGACACGCAGUGAUGCCAGCAAGUUUGCGGAGCUGGUGCUGGAGCGUGCCCUCGAUCGCGAGCAGCAACGCGCGCACAGGGUGCUGCUCACCGCUCUCGACGGCGGCGUCCCCGAGCGCUCAGGAACAGCUCACAUCCUCGUCACGGUUCUGGACGCGAAUGACAACGUGCCUGCCUUUGACCAGCCCUCGUACGGCGUGAGCCUGCCUGAGGAUGCCCCUGCUGGCACCCUGGUCAUCCAGCUCAAUGCCACUGACUUGGACGAGGGCCCCAACGGGGAGAUUGAGUACUCCUUCAGUGGGCACGCCCCGCCACGCGUCCGGGAGCUCUUCCACGUAGAGCCCCGGAGUGGCCAGGUGCUGCUGAAGGGCCCUCUAGACUAUGAGCGGGCAAGCCUCCACGAGCUCUACGUGCAAGCCAAGGACCGUGGACCCUCUGCUGUGGCCGUGCACUGCCGGGUGCUUGUGCACCUCCUAGAUGUGAAUGACAAUGCGCCAGAGGUGACCCUCACCUCUGUGUCCACACCCGUGCUGGAGGAUGCCCCACUGGGCACCGUCAUCGCUGUCAUCAGCGUUCUGGACCGGGACUCCGGGGACAAUGGGCGUGUAAGCUGCGAGGUCAGCGCCGAUGUACCCUUCGAACUCCGCUCUUCCUUCCGCAACUACUACACCCUGGUCACCACGCAGGCACUGGACCGGGAGGUUGUGUCCGAGUACAACGUAAGCAUCACAGCACGGGACAUGGGGUCCCCCGCCCUGCUGACCCGCAGCACCCUCACCGUCUCGGUGUCCGAUGUGAAUGACAAUGCCCCACGCUUCCUCCAGCCCUCCUACAGUGUCUACGUGAUGGAGAACAACGCACCCGGUGCCUCCAUCUGCUCCGUCAGCGCGUUGGACCCUGACUGCCAACAAAACUCCUACCUGUCCUACUCCAUUGCUGACGGGCACAUCCACGGCAUGCCUGUGGGCACCUAUGUGUCUAUCAACUCAGACAGCGGGCACAUGUAUGCCCUGCGCUCCCUUGACUACGAGCAGAUCCGCAGCUUCCAGGUUCAGGUGCAAGCACAGGAUGCGGGAUUCCCCCCACUCAGCACCAACGUCACCGUCCACAUCUUCGUGCUGGACCAGAAUGACAACGCUCCAGUCAUCGUUUCUCCCAUGCCGCGCAAUGGCUCCGUGGCCACCGAACUGGUGCCGCGAUCAGCUGGGCCUGGCUACCUUGUGGGCACGGUGUCGGCAGUGGAUGCGGACACGGGGCUGAACUCUCGCCUUUCCUACCAGCUCCUCCAGGCCACUGACUUCACCCUCUUCAGCGUGACACCGGACACGGGUGAGCUGCGCAUCCUCCGCUCCUUUCUGGAGCAGGAUGCAACCCGACAGCGGCUGGUGGUGCAGGUGUGUGAUGGCGGGCAGCCAGCCCUCUCCGCCACCGUGUCCCUUCUGCUUUCAGUGGUGGAGACCAUGCCGCAGACUCUCUCUGACUUCAGCGAGUUCAGCCUCCCCCCAGAGGCCUCCUCGUUCUCCCCACUCACCAUUUACCUCCUUGUCUCCCUGGGCUCCAUCUCCUUCACCUUCCUCCUCGCCAUCCUCAUCCUCACAGCCAUUCGGUGCCAUGGAGAGCGGCGCUCCCGUCAAGGUGGUGGCUGCCACUGCUGCCCCAGGUCCAGACCCUCCCCUGAUGGCCUGAAGACAUCCAACCUGGCAACGCAGCCCCCCACAGGGACCACGGCUGCCACCUGCCUUGACGUACCCGGGGGUGGCCCCCCGGGCUACUGCUACAAGGUCUGCCUUGGCCCUGAGUCUGCCCAGAGCGACUUCAUGUUCCUCAAACCCUGCAGCCCACCCUGGAACAAUGAGAAGGACCCCGGGAAGCGGUCCCAAGCAGGCCAGCAUCUCCAGGUCUCAAAACAGAUCAAGCAGCCCAACAUGGACUGGCUGCCUCCAAGCACACAGCGACCUGCCCUGAAGAGCUCCCAGAGCAUGGAGGAUGUGGGGGAAAUCCGCAAAGCCCUCCAAAAGGAGCACGAGAGGCUGUGCACACUGGUGACCCCUGUCUCUGAGUUUCAGAAGGCUUCAGCAGGCACCAACAGCAUCUGGACACCCCAGUACAGCCCCUUGUACCCAGAUCACAAUCCAGACCUGGAUUAUCAGCACAAUGUCUACAUCCCUGGCACCCCUACUCUGCUUUCCAGCAAAGACGGGCCACUCUUCCUGGGCCGGGAGAACAAGAACAGCUUCUCCACCUUUGGCAAGAGGAAGAAGAUGGCAACUUACUGUGACAUGAAUGACAGCGUGGUUAUCAACAACAACCUGAAAUAGUGGCCAGCACUGGGCCUGGAGGGCUCUGCCCAAGGCCCUGUGAAUCUCUCACAUUAUUUCAACUGCUAUGUGCACCUGCAGCACGCAGCUCUGUGUAUAGACCACUCAGGACUUUGUGGGGCUGCUGGGAUAGUGGCUCACCAGAGUGAGGGGAAAGGAUUUAAUGAGCAAGAGAAUGAAAAGUGAUAAGGAUGAGCGGGAGGCGGGCGGGGUGUGGGCAUUUCUGCCAUCUCAUCCUGCAGAGCUGUGUUGGCAGCAGGUGCUGUUGGGGGUCCAUAUGACCAGAUUUAAGAAAAUCUGCCUUGAGUUUACCCAUUCUCAUGUCCCCUUAGGGACCAUAUCUCUCUGUAAACAUUAUCACUUAUAUGUCUUGUCUGGCUGUGUGAAUUUACUGAGCUGCAUGCCUGUAUUUCUGUCCCAGUAGGCAUGGAAAGUGUACGCAGACCAAACCUGGUUCAGUCAAGCCCAAUCCUACGUGCUGGGGCAGUGACUGUUGCUCUGUCCCUGAGAUCCAGUGGAAUGUGUUGCAUGUCCAGAGCAGCCACUGGCAUCUGUCUUCUCUGGGGAGCAAGCGCAAAACCCAGCCAUUAUGGGUUCUUCCCUUCGAACCCUGACCCACCAUUUGCAGGGCUGGAGACCCAAAGUCCAGGGCACAGCCAGGGUCAAGGACACAGCCAGUCUUUGCUCCAGGAGCAACAUGGGCUAGGGCACACACAAGAGCUGUUAGCUUAAGCAGCUGCGAGAUACACAAGGCGAGGCCCUGCUGGUAACUCUUUAGCCCAAGGCAACAUCAUCUGAUCAAAAGAGAGUUUCCAUCCAUAGGAGGGGCCCCAACACAGGUGAGGGUCCUCUUCCCUCCCCUCCAGCCCUCACCCAGAUCUCUGUUUUCCUCAGCUCAUGAAUGCCUGGGGGAACCCCUGCACUGGGGUCCCCACCUGCAUAGGACAGACAUCUCCCACUGUGCCCUGGUUCUCUUUGAGGACUUUUAGCUGUCUGUCAGGAGCACUCAAGGGCAGGAUUCCAGUCCCAGAACAGUCUCUCCCCUUCCCUGCUUACCCUACACCUGUCCAUCCGGUCUGUCUGCCACCAUUGCCAAUCGCUGCUGUCACGGGACAGUUCAUUUCCAAUCCAUCUGUGCAGAACAUGACAGCUCUUUCUAAACCAGGUUUGUUUCACGAUGUUUGA